AUGACCUUACUCUCUUAUCGAGGAUCAACAUUUUUUUAACAUUGAUUGCCAAUAAGAGCGGCUGAGAUUUGAGCUACCCUGUCCGGUCCAAAAUGAGGACUUGAGAGGAUCCAAACCCGUUGAAAUGGAUUCUUUAACGCGAAUCUACUUUUUCAAUGGAAAGAAAAUUAUAAUGUAAUAUUUGUUGGGAAAAUUCGAAGAGGGCGAUUCCAGGAUUAGCUGAUUCAAGGGUAAGAUAAAGCUUACUUUCACAUAUCAAUUGUUAAAUUUGGUCAUUCCUAAUGAAAUGUAGCAUAUUGUAUCUGAAUUUAAGGGAUUUGAAAUCAGUAUUGCUCAGUGUAUAUGAAGAGUUUGAGUUGGCUAAGUGAUUAACUUAGGCCAUCUCCAACCCUUUAUUUGUGCUUCUACUCAACUAAGUAAUAGCUUCAAUGAUUGCUCAGUGUUUAUGAAAAGUAUUCUAGCAGACAUAUUAAACAUAGCUUUGGUAAAGCUUCAUUAACGGCAGAAUCAUCAAUUUCAAAAUUAUUUAAGUCAUUUUUUUGAUGACUUUCCACGAGGUAGCUAUGAUAAUAUUGAAGGAAAAAAGAGGGUCUCCCUUGAUUUGAGUGGAAAUCAUGAGUAGAACCCAUUUUAAUAUGAGCUUGAGUAAAAGGAUUCUCUGAAUUUAAGUUUAAGUCAAGAUCUGAGUAAGGUUUCGAGAUGCCCUUACAACUUGGGAAGUAAUCAAUUCGAGUGAAAUACUUUCAUGCAAGCAAGGAAACGUCCCCUUAAUUCAUUAACUUGUUGAAUUCCAAAUAUAUAACUGUUCAAAUGAUAAUAAGAUGAAAAUAGCAUAUUCCAUUCCCUGUCAUGUCCAAACCCGUUGGUCUCAUGUCUUUUGCUCUCUUGUUACCAUGGUUUUAGAGUUAUUGAGAAUUAAAAGUAUUGUUUUCUUCUAUUGACAAGUCUAAAAAUCAUAGGGUUGGAGGGAAUGUUAUAUCGACAAGCAUAAAGAUGUGGAUCGCUUUGCAACGGAUGUUGUGCAACAGUUUUCGUGCACCGAAUCAAUUGAUGUUGGGCAAUACCUGUCAGCAAUUGAAGGCAUGUGCUUGAAGGAGCUGGGAUUCAAAGACGUGCAGAUGUUCUUUUUCAAGCCAAAGCUCAGCGUACUGAUUAAUUUGAUGGGGUUACAUUACUGCAUUAGUUGGCUUGGAGUUCCGAUUGCUUAUGUUUGGGAAGCACUUGAUAGCUGCAAAAUUUCUGAAAGGGAAGUGUGUGUUCAGCGGAUUCCCACCGGCUUUUGUGGCUUCGGUUAUCUUCGUCGUACAUUCUCCUUGGCAGAUAUUGCAUCGGGCAAUGAAGACACACUUCUGGGACUUCUUCGUCAUCGAGUUAACAAGCCUGGUCGUGUGCAGAUUUCUGUUGUUAAACCUGGUACUCGCCGGUCUGCCAAUCUCCCACCAGGUCGUAAAUAUUGGCUUGUGCUGUGACGGGUGUAUUUGUUCACAAAAUUCUUCUGCCCCCCAAGUUAUGAAUUUGUAACUGAGUUUAUGCAUGUGUUUUAUGUAUCUGUGUACGUGCUCAAUACUCUAAAAGACAUAUGGUUGUUGGGGGUUUGGGAAGGUUGAAAACUGAGAAUUGAACCCAGAACUGAUGUAUUGUUGGUUGGUUGGUUUGGAUCAUGUGUAUAUUUUGAUGCCUAUGAAUAAAUACAAGACAAGUGAUUUCCGCACUCUACAAAUUGCUAUCUGCACUCCAAAAGUUAAGUGCGGCAAUCAAUCCCUAUACGCAAUUGAUGUUCGCGCUCUACUUUUCGAUUGCAAAUAGUAAUUUAUAGAGUGCGAAAAUCAGUUCAGAUAAA